GUGUACAUUUAUUUACAGCUGAGAUUUACAGGAAACGUGAACUGCUUUAGGUUUUAGAAAGUAGAGUACGCCUAAGUUAAUUGUUUUUGCGAUCAUUUAUACACAGUUUGUGCACAUUUGUGUGUCAGGGUUCGAAUGCUGCAAAGUAGUUAUCGAAAUGGACGCUGAUGGUUUACCAAUAGUUGGACAUGGUGUCGAUUUCACCAAAGUUGGUGCUAUACAUCAGAAAAAUCUUCUCGUGUAUAUGAACAGUUUUGUCACGUAUACGGUGAAUUUUCUCAACCACUUUUCUGGUAUAUGCGAGACCAAGUUAUCAGACCUGUCCCAGCAGAUACAUCGAUUAGAGACUACAAUGGUUCUUCUAGAAACUAAGCUUGCCUCAAUUCCCGGAUUAGACGAUGUCACAUUGGCAGCAGCACCUGUGGCUGCUACUCCUACUGCUACACAAAAUUCAGGAACAGUUACUCAACCACAGGAGCAGGCAGCAGCAGAGCCUAUGACAGCAGCUGUUACUCAAGAGGAAGAGGCCCAAAAGGCAGAGCCAGUGAAUUCAGUAGCAAAAGACCCACGAUAUGCAAAGUACUUCAGAAUGGUGCAAGUGGGUGUUCCUGUACCAGCUGUCCAAGUCAAAAUGCAUAUGGAAGGACUAGAUGCUAGCCUGAUAGAGACGCCUAAUGCCCCAGCCCCCGUCGCCACAUCUAAAGAAGAGAAUGACUCUGACUUUGAUGAUGACAAUAGCACCUCAUCAUUCAGUGAUUGAUUCCUGGUAAAAAUAUGCUUGACAACUUCUCUGCCUUGAACUGCCUGGUUGCAAUUUGGAUACGAGAAAUUGCCAGCUUACAUUGCCAUUAUGUUAUAGAUGGUUUAGAUGUUAUACAUCAGCAGAUAGCAGAUAACUAAUUCUUUGAUAAUCGAAGUUUGAAUUUGUUAGGCGCAGGCCUGAUUUCAGUGAUACAUUUUAGCCCGGGUGGAAAAUCAUAAAAUACUCAUGUAAAAUUUUUUCACUUGUCUGUUCUUCUUAUAACAUGUGUUAGUCACACUUACAUCUAGCAUACAAUGAUCAAAUUUGUAAAUGGAUAUUUGUACUGCUGAUGCUGCCAUAUCAAACAUCAGGUCACCCAUCACCCAUUCAUCAUCAUCAUUCACCCAUGAAAUAACAUGUAAGUGAAUAACGAUUGGUUCUAACAGCAGUGUUUGUAUGAACCUAGGAAGAACAUCUGUUGCUGUUUUUCCCCAAAAUCCAUUAAUGUAUCAAAUCAAAGCAAUAUUUUAUGCAAUCUUUGUGUGCAUAACAAUGAUUUGAUCAGAUAUACUCGACACAAAAGCUUGCUUGUUUAAAUCUUUCAUUCGGGUGCAUUCAAUGUUUACAUCGGGGAAAGGCGUGCCACGCUGAUAUUUCCACAGUGACUUCAGAGUGACUCGACUUCUCUCUACAUACAUAUUUGUGGGCGUCAUUAAGGCAUACAAAAUACAUAGUACAUAAAUAAUCCGUGAUUCAUAUCAUUGUGCCAAAAUCUAUUACCAAAAGUAAAUCAGUAAACGAUUAGUACUUUCUGAAUGCUACUUAACUCUGGAUUUUUAAAAAGAAAAGUUAUUUCGUCGUUGUUUAAAGUUAUUGUCAUAGAUUAGUGAUCGUGUAGUGAUCUGGACCCCGAUGGCACUGUUGCUGUGCCGUCUGUUCACACUCAAGUAAAUUUCAAACAAAUUUAUAUGUUUACAUGGUGGUUUGUAUUUUGUGAACCAUAUUUCUUAAUUUACAAGACUUGUUUCUGCUAAA